AUGACCACGUACGUCGACAAAGCCCAAAGUCGUCUCAUCUACAUAAGGGAUUAUGACUCCGAGACCCAGUUCUUAAUUGAUACUGGGGCUGAAGUCAGCGCCACACACCCUAUGCCAGGUGAGCCUACCGCUUCUCUGUCGACAAGCCUCAAUGCCGCCAAUGACAGGCAUUUCGACCUCCUGGUCGAUGCGAAAUGCCAGAUGAUAGUCGACGCUGCAGCAAAACUCAGUUAUUCCAAGCUCGUUCAACCAAUGAACGCAGCUUUUCCCGUGGCAGCUCAAGUCACGCACCACAUACGGACGAAUGGCCCACCUGUUUCAUGCCGUCCAGGCCGACUAUCGCCCGGAAAACUAAUGGUAGCUAGGGCGGAGUUUGAGCACAUGCUUGAACUGGGAAUACUCCGCCCCUCUGAAAGCCUUUGGUCCUCGCCCCUGCAGAUGGUCCCCAAGAAAUCUGGUGACUGGCGCCGUUGCGGUGAUUACCGCGCACUCAAUCGUCUAACCGUCCCAAAUAGGUAUCCUAUCCCACACAUGCAGGACCUUACUGCAUGCCUCACAGGUAAGACGAUCUUCAGCAAGAUUGAUCUGGUUCGCGCCUAUCACCAGAUGCCUGUGGAAGACAUCGACAUUCCUAAAACAGCCGUCACCACUCCUUUCGGUUUGUUUGAAUUUUUAAGAAUGCCAUUUGGACUGCGCAACGCCGCACAAACCUACCAUCGCUUCAUCCACCAUGUCGCCCGUGGCCUAGACAUCGGUGCUAUUUUAGUAGCCAGUUCACCGGAACAAGAGCACCUCGAGCGUCUUCGAACUCACUUCCAACGCUUGACCCAACACCGUGUAGCAGUCAACCCGGCUAAGCGCGAACUCGGCAAAUCAACAGUAGAAUUCCUAGGCCACUCGUUUCAUCGUCUGGUAUCGAAGUCCUUCCUAAUAAGGUCCAGACAAUCAAGGACUUCCCAGCUACGACUUCGUUCAAGCACCACCGUCGAUUUUGUGGUUUGGUCAACUACUAUCGACGCUUCAUUCCGCGCUGCGCACAGCUCAUGCAACCACUGGCUGACUUAUUUAGAGGAAAUGAACUCCGAAUCGAUUGCACCUCUUUCUAUUACGGCUGAUGCCUCAGAUGUCUCGGUAGGAGCCGUCCUCCAACAACAUGUCGAUGGGCAAUGGCAACCCCUUGGGUUCUUCUGCAAGCGCCCGCAGCCAGCGGAAUCCCGCUACAGCACGUUUGGCAGAGAAUUGCUCGCUAUGUACCUAGCGAUUCGUCACUUCCGGCACACACUCGAAGGCCGCGCAUUCACGGUCCACACUAACCAAAAGCCCCUUAUCUUUGCUUUCAACUCUGCUCGCGACAAAUACUCACCACGGGAAACAAGACACCGAGACUUUGUCACGCAGUUCACUGCUGACAUACGCCAUGUCUCAAGUGUCGACAAUUCCGUCGCCGGCGCUCUCUCACGCGUCAACCUCACUCUGCAAGCUUUGCCUACCUUCGACCUGGCCGCCAUGGCAUCGGCUCAGGCUCAGGACGAAGAUAUACAGCGCACUCUGCAGUCUACUUUGCUGCAUGUGCACCCUGUUCCUCUCCAAACCACGGAAGGAACCAUUCGCUGUGACACUUCCACAGACGCACAGUCUGACGCACUGCACUCAAUAUCACAUCCCGGUAUCCGUGCAUCUUUGAAACUGGUUACAGAACGUUUCGUUCGGCCACGCGUAAACAAAGAUGUUCGUACCUGGACCCGCGCCUGCCUUUAA